AUGGCAGCACCAUCUCGAGAAGGCCCUCAGCCCUCAAUCAACCGCCAGACAACCACUCCCUUCCACCUCAAGCUGUUUUAUCGCGUCAGCAACUUUUACCCCCUUUCAGACUAUAAAAUCCCUUCUCCUCCUCGCCAGCGCGGGGGUCCUGCCAGUGGUUCAAAUGCUCUGCGUGCGCCCUCCCCUCCAACUGCUGCACCACUUCCUCCCCACCUCGAGAUCUACACCUGGCAGUCAUGCACACUUCGGGAGCUCUCACAGCUUCUCACCUCAGCCUUACCCUCAUUACUUCCUGAUUCGCCCAUUGGAACUCGACUUUGCUUUCGUUUGAUUUACCCUGAUGCGCGUGCCGCUGCAAUCGCAGGUCCCGAUGUGCGCGCAGGCCGCUACGUGACAAAAGAACUGGGAAGUGUGGUUAUUGGACAAGGAGAUACCCCAUACCGGUCAGAGGAAGAUGUGGGUGAUGAAAAUGAAGGACGGGCUCGCCCUGCGCUCCGCUUCCAAGGCGGAGAGGCUGACAAAGCCUUGCAGGAUGCGCGAUUCAUAGUUGGAGACUACAUUGAAUGCGCAAUCCUGCCGCCACACGAAGAUGGGUCUAUCGCACCUCCGCUUCGUGCUGGUCCCGGUCCACCUCCCAUGGGCAUGCGCGCUUUCGGGCAGAAUGGAUCUGGUCGGCCGGGUCGCGGUGGUCGUGCAGAUCGCGGCGGACCUCCCAACGUUCCGAUGGGUGAUUGGAGGCGAGGGGAGAGACUCCCCGAAGGAGGUGGUCGGGGGGGUCGUCGAGGAUGGAAUCCUUAUUAA